UACAGCCGUUCGGUGUAUGAAGUACGGUAAUGUAAUUAAAUACGAUAAAACAAAGUUAAGUAAAAACCGUUUGAAUAGUGACGCGAUCUAUAUAUUGGAGCAAAAGACUUAACUUGUAAUUAACAAGGUACACGAAUUUAUAACAUUUUAUGUUCAGAUGUGUCCCCCAAGACAUUUUGUCAGUGUUGAUACCGCUGUUCCCUAAUCGAUUAUAUGGCCUAUAAAAUGUAUCUGCUGUUGAACUGGGAGCCGUAAAAUUUGAAGUACUAGUGGAUUUCGGGAAGUGUAGUUCAAUCACCUCAUUUCUAGUUCUACACCAAUUAUAUCACCUCGUUAAUAGAACUACAAUACCCACGCAAACGGAAAACGCUAAUUCCGCGCCAGUCAGUUACCUUUACGCGAUCGGUGGUCGCUUAGCUUUUACCCGAGCGCGAUUUUGCUCUAAUCUGAAAACGUUAACUUAGCUGUGUGUGUCUAAAGGAAUAUAGAAAGGUUAACUAGUUUACGUUCAGUUGAAAGAUACGGCUGUUAUCUCCUUGCCAGUUUGACAGUUUUGCUUUCCUGUCAGUUAGUUAGCCAAAUAGGCUAGCUGCGGCAGGUGAUUUGUUUUGACUUACGUGCUCCAGUAUCUAGAUAACUACCUACACGGUCCGUUGCAACUAACAUAUAUCGGAUCACUUACCUUCGGUGGUUAGACACUCCGCUGACUUACCUACGUAGCGCUUUCACAUAGCAGCCUUGUGUAACUGCUAGCGUUGCUAGCUUAAAUAGUUAUUCCUUUGACUUAACUACAACCUGGUCUAUUAACAAAGUCAGGUGUCGUUUGCUUCGGUUGUUUCUGGUUAGGUAGUUCUGUUGAUCCAACCAGCUUGUUACUGAUCGGGCCCCUUUGGCGGCUGGGCGAUGCCGGUUCAUUCCCGCGAAAAGAGAGAGAGUAACCAUGCGGAGAUGGAGCUGGAUUAUCCGGAGCAGGAUGGCAGCAGCUCCGACGAAGAGGAGACUGACAGCUCUACCGUGUCUGAGGACGGAGAUAGCUCAGAGAUGGACGAUGAGGACUAUGAAAGGAGAAGAAUGGAAUGUUUGGAUGAAAUGACAAAUUUAGAAAAACAAUUCACUGACCUUAAAGACCAACUGUAUAAAGAGAGGAUCACACAAGUGGAUGCUAAGCUGCAGGAGGUGAUGGCAGGAAAAGCACCGGAGUACCUAGAGCCCCUGGCCAACCUGCAGGAGAACAUGCUAAUCAGAACAAAAGUGGCCGGCAUCUACAAGGAGUUGUGUUUGGAGUCUGUGAAGAACAAAUAUGAGUGUGAGAUCCAGGCCGCCUUGCAGCACUGGGAGAGUGAGAAGCUGCUCCUGUUUGACACAGUGCAGAGUGAGCUGGAGGAGAAGAUACGGAGGCUGGAGGAGGACCGGCACAGCAUCGACGUUACUUCGGAACUGUGGAACGAUGAGCUGCAGUCCCAUAGGAACAAGAAGAAGGACCCGUUCAGCCCGGACAAAAAGAAGAAGCCUGUGGUGGUGUCUGGCCCAUAUAUCGUCUACAUGCUGCAGGAUCUGGACAUCCUUGAGGACUGGACCACGAUCAGAAAGGCUGUCGCCUCACUCGGACCACACAGAGUAAAAACAGAUGCUGUCCAGAUGGAAUCCAGCGUGCCCGCUAAACCUCCAUCCUUCUCCAAGCCUGAGCGACAUCAGCACAGGGCUCGAUCUGAAAAUGGCCGCUUGCUAUAUGACGGCGAGUGGUACUGCCGGGGCCAGACCAUAUGCAUCGACAGGAAGUACGAGUGCCCCACGAGCGCCACAAUAACGACCAUCAACCACGACGAGGUCUGGUUCAAACGGCUUGAUGGCAGCAAAUCCAAGCUGUACAUCUCGCAGCUCCAAAAGGGCAAAUACACCAUCAAACAUGUGUGAUUCCCACCCCGGUCCAUCUCUCGCAGACCUCUGAAGAGUGCUGUUUUACAGAUAUUGCGUUCAAAAGACUGGUAUUUUAAAGCUGAGUCCCUACCAAGCGCUUGGCCUAAUUCUGUCAAACACCCAUGAGCUGUAGCUUUCAUGUGUUUGCUGAGUGUUGAUGGAGAAUACUCUCCUUAAUUAGAUCGAGAGAUGUAAGGGAUAGUUUAACUAGGGCAUGGAGUGAGAAGGAAUGAGAUUCAGCUGCCUUUACAGGAAUGUGAGUGUACUGCACAUGGUCAGCAGGCUUGUUCUGACUUUCAUUCUAAAGGGGAAAAGGGUGUCUUUUACGUGUGCUGCCCUCACCUGGUCAUCUGCUUAUUUCCUCUGUAAUGUGACAGGACAGGAGUUCUUGUUCAUGUCAUCAGCUCUGACUGGGAUGUUUCUCUCCUGCAGAAUCCAGUGGUCAGGCAGCCUUUUAACCUCACAGUAAAUUAUGGAAAGUGGUAAAGUUGGCAGCCUGUGCAAAAUGUGUAUGUGUAGGAAAGUGGUUUUUCUUACUCGCCGACGUGAAUAAUGUACAACAACGUGCAUAUCAGAAGGAUCCGCUUAUCUGUAAGACCAGAAUGUGCUACUUCUACCCAAGCCAAAGAGAAAAUGUUCUGGGGACAUUGUGAGGUGAUGUGCUGGAAUAUCAGCAGAUGGACUGAUGGGUUUUUUGAUCUUUUCCCAUCGAUGUAGGAUCUCGGUACCUUUGUGUCCAUUAGUGUCAGUCUUCUUGUGUAUUGUGUUUUCUUUCAUCAUCAUAAAUGGACAUGGUUAUUGACUGUGUUGUGGGUAUGUAACCUUUCUCUACAGCAGUAUUAAACAUAAAUUUUGCUUGAGUCAUUGUUCUAUGAGCGGGUGGUGUGACCUGGUUGUUUAUGAAAUGAUGUGUGAAUAAAGGUUUGUGGAAUUUAAUUCCCUGUAAAAAA